AUGGCCGCCACCACCACCACCACCCCCAUCCGCGUCGCCCUGAUCGGCCUCUCCUCCUCCGCCAAAACGGCCUGGGCCUCCCGCGCCCACCUCCCCUACCUCCUCUCCGCCCCCGGCCGCGCCAAAUACCAGAUCGUCGCGCUGCUCAACUCCAGCGUCGCCGCCGCGCGCGCCGCCAUCACCGCGUACUCCCUUCCCCCCUCCACGCGCGCCUACGGCGACCCGGCCGACCUAGCCGCCGACGCCGACGUGGACCUGGUGGUGUGCAACACGCGCGUGGACAAGCACUACGAGACGGUGCUGGCGAGCGUGCGGGCGGGCAAGGACGUGUUUGUGGAGUGGCCGCUGGCGCAGGAUGUGGAGCAUGCGCGGGGGCUGGCGGAGGCGGCGAGGGUGGGCGGUGGGAGGACGGUGGUGGGGUUGCAGGGGGGUUUGGCGGCGCCGACGUUGAAGGUGAAGGCGUUGUUGGAGGAGGGGAGGAUUGGGAGGGUGUUGAGCUCUGAAGGGUCGAUCGGCGAACUGGCCUCGGUCAAGGGGGACUUCCACCUCCAGCGGCCGGAUGUCCCGCUUACGGACGGGAACGGGAAGGUCCUUAGGACGGUACGCUCGGACGUGCCCGAUUUGAUUUCGGUGGCUGGAAAGUGGGACGAGUCGGCCGUGACGCAACAAAACGCGACCCUGCACUUCCGGCUCCGUCGCGGCCAGCCUUUCCCUGGCGAGCCGGUUUUCGAGUGGACCAUCUACGGCGAGAAGGGCGAGAUCAGAAUCAUCUCGCCCAAGUCGGCCUUCCUGCAGGUUAGCGACGCGACGGUGCCCCGUGUUAUCGAGAUCCACGAUUUCGCGACAGACGAGGUGACCAAGGUCGAAUGGGACUGGGAGAAGUGGCAAAACGAACUACCUCACGAGGCCAGGGGUAUCGGGGCGUUGUAUGAAGGCCUUGCGGAGGUCAAGGCCACAGGAGCCAAGGAGAAGUACCUGACGUUUGAUGCUGCGGUGAAGAGGCAUGAGCUGCUGGAGGGCUUGCUGGGGGAGUGGAAGGCUUGA